CGGCGGCGGCGGUGGUGGUGGUAGUAGUGGUGGGAACAAUCGUGAGAGCGAGCGCUUGACGUCGUCUUCUUUUGUGUGCCAAGAACUAACAGACUGGGGUUGGUUGAAACAGAACGAGAUAAUGGCCCCUCCUCCUCCGUCGGUCUCUCGUCCCGUCGCAACGAUGGCUCCAUCCUUGACAUGGACGGCCUCAGCAACCUCGACCUGAACACGGCGGACCAAGCGACACGUCGACGCGUCAUCGAGACGUGUAACCAGCACGCCGACUACUUCCGGGCCCAGCUUGACGGGCGACGUCCUCGAGAACGAGAACAGCGACCGGUUACAGUCGCCGGGUUUAACGAUCAAAAAGCAGCGAUUGCUGGCUCCGAGUUUACCUCGAUAGGGGAGAUCGAUGACAAGAUGGGGGAGCUAUUGUGUGCUCAGGAGAGGGCGUUGCAGGAGGCUCUGCGCCACGAGAUGGAGAUUAAGCGGCUCUGGUGGUUGAGACAGUACGCGCUUCGAGGGGGGAAGUGAAUACGGAAUCGUGGUGGGGAUAUGUAGGCAUUGAUCAACAUUACUUUCGUUUGUUUGUUUGGAGCAUUACAAUGAGAUGCCAUUAUGGAAACGAGUGCAGUCAUUAGUACGGUCACAGCCACCAGACGUGCUUUAUUGAACUGGUACAUACGCACUUGACAGCAGCAAUCUAGUAAUGCAUUGCAAGCUGCGAAGAUGGAGACCCUGUUGCUGCUUGAGAGAAUCGACGUGUGAUGGAACGCCUGAAAGGUGUUGUGACCGUUGUAGACG